CCUAAUUUACUGCAAUAAAUAAUAUGAUCUAGCGCCCCUUAUUUUUAUCAUAGUUAAUUCGUAAUAUGGUGUAAACGAUGUGCUUAAUAUUUAUUUACUAUAUGUGAUCAGUGAUUCAGUGAAAUCAUUGAAUAUGUCUCAAUUAUUACUGUGCAGAGUGUGCCUAGCCAGUAACGUGACUGUUUACAAUAUAUUGAACUCCUGUCUUCAAGAAAUGUAUGAGAAAUUGACGAGAUUACCGCUUCAUGCAGACGACGGCAAGCCGAGCACAGUGUGCUGCAUCUGCCUGGCGCUGCUGCGGAAGAGCUACCAGCUCUGGGUGCAGUCCGUCACCUCCGACCGGCUGCUGAGCAGGCUGCUCGCUACUAACAAUGAGCUCACACAAGACCUGAUUGAACACAUAGACAGACGAGGGCACAAGCUAACAUCAAACUUGACUUUUCAAACGGAGCAUUUUGAUAUAAAACCCAGCGGAGGAUCAGCAGAAGUUGAUGUUAAACCAUUGAAGGAGGAACCUGAAGGUAGGUGUGUGCUAUCAGACCAUGGGGACCUUGGAGACCAUGCGUCCGUCAAAGAGGCAUCAGACUCAGAAGACGACCUUCCACUGCUCGCCAUCAGCAAGAAAAAGGAAAAGAAGACUGUCACUAAUAAAGACAAGGAGUUCUUGAAAGGCUUCAAAUCCGGCUACGCCCGUGAGCUGAUCCUGAGCACAGAGCAGCAGCUGGCGGAGCUACGCGCACGUGGCACCUCCGUGAACUACCUCAACGCGCCGUUCAAGUGCACGCCCUGCCGGCGGGGGUACGUCGAGCCCGCGGCCUUCAAUAACCAUCGGAUAAAACACGAUCCAAAAAGCGGAUCCCACGUGUGCGAGAUCUGCACUAUGCGGUACAAAACUGCUCGCAAACUGCGCGCACACGUCGUGACUGCACACGAACGGCGCUACCAGUGCAAUACCUGCUCACACCGCUCACACACCGCGUCGCAGGCGCGCGAGCACGAGCUCGGGCACCUGGGGCACGUGUACGUGUGCGCGCUGUGCGGGCACGCGUCGCGCGCCGCCACCUCGCACCUCACGCACGUGCGCGCGCGCCACCGCUCGCCGCACACGUGCGCGCGCUGCGGCCGCGGCUUCCUCGGCGCGCACGGCCUGCGCAUGCACGAGGGGAAGGCGCACGCCGAACACGCUUCCGUGGCUGAUGACUCCCCUGCGUCGGAUCGCUACUGCGCCGAGUGCGACAUACAGUUCGCGACGCUGCUCGCCUGGAAGCGGCACAUCCUUAGCGCUUCGAACCACGCCUUCAAACAAGACAAGGGUGUGUGCGUGAUCUGCGGGCCUGCGUGUCCGGGCGACGGGACGCAUCUGAAGGAAAGCGUGAAGGCGCUCCGCCCUCAAAACAAAACGCUUCCCCUACGGGUCACUACGCUCACGUGUGAACAGUGUGGGUCCUCGUUCGCGAACGGCUCGAAGCUGCAAGCUCACGUGAAGAGGGUCCACCUGGGCGUGAAAUACAACAAACACGUCGUAUGUGAAGUGUGUGGGAAGAGUUGUACGUCCAACGCCUCACUGAAAUACCACCAGCGCACUCACACCGGGGAAAAACCCUAUCCCUGCCAAUCUUGCCCAAAGAGGUUCGCGGACAGCAACCAACUGCGAAUACAUACGCGUCGUCACACCGGCGAGCGUCCGUACUGCUGCCGGCACUGCCCUAGGACGUUUACGCAGAAACCCGCGCUUAACAGGCACUAUAGGGUCCACACUGGGGCCAAGCCGUACUCCUGCCAGUACUGCGCCAAGAGCUUCAGCCAGUCCAACUCCCUGAAGCUGCACGUGCGCACCGUGCACCUCAAGAUGCCCGCCAAGAAACGGGAUGACAAGAAAGACGGACUCAUUUUAGAAAAAGUAGAAUAAAUAUUGCAAUUAUUAUUCAC